GUUAUCACCAUCCUCCUGGCCGGGAGACUCUUCUGGUUUGUGGGUCAGAUUGUCUGGCUCAGUGGCGAGGAGCUGCUUUUAUUCCCAGUCUUGUGCGGAGCUGCCUCCAAGACUGCACAGAAGUCCAGCAUGACGUAUUGCCAUCAGGGCCCGUGGCUCAGGAAUGUUGGGCAGGUGGCACUGAAAGUCAUCAAGUUUGUGGCGGAGUUCCUGAGUCAGCAUGUCUUCUACACCAUGACGCAGGUAAGUCUCACGGGCAUCUUCGUGCUCUUCCUGCUUUUCUCCCCCGUGCAGCGUGACUUCUCGCCGGUCAUGCAGGGCGUCUUCGAGUCCAUGGAGCUUUACCUGAAGCUGAAAACCUUCAUCUCUGCCAUGAUGGGCAUCACGAACGGCAUCGCCCUGUGGCUCAUCGGCCUGGAACUGCCGGCGGCCUGGGGGCUGCUAACCUUUCUGGCCAACUUCAUCCCGAACAUCGGGGGCCCGGCGGGCGCCCAAUGCGUUUCCAUCGUGCCCUGUGUCAUCUCGCUGCUGGACGAGCGCAAGACCUUAUACCAGGUGUCCGCAGCCUUCCUGGCGCAGUUCUUUCUGCAUUUCAACAUCGCCAACUUCGUGGAGCCGGUGAUUUUCGGCACCACGGAGGACGUCGAAGCCCUUCCAGUCCUGGACAUUCCAUGUUUUGAUGAUUCAAGCUUUUCUCUGCGGGUUGAUGUUUGA